CUCUAUGAUAACCCAACAGCGCCGUUCCGAACAAGUCUGUUCUUACCUAUGAGAGUUAUGCAUAACCUGUAAACUCAAUCAGUCCCCAUUAUUUUAAUCGGCGACUGAAAUUACACAGUCACACUACUUGCGCGUUUCAUAUACGCUUUUUAGGAGACAAUGGUGUCUCCUCAUUCUAUCACGCCGUUGUCUACCAGGCCUAAUGAAAUAGGUGAUGAUAAUGAUGAUGAUGUCUCUCUAAACUCUACCAACGGCGAAGAGGGCGAUGUGGAUAAGGAUUGGAUCGUUGAAGAUAUAUAUGCCGAACGAGACCAUCCCAAUGAUCCCGGUGAGAUGCAGUACCUUAUCAAGUGGGAAGGCUUCCCAUUGGACCAGUGUACUUGGGAACCUACAGUGCAUUUAGGGCCUGGUGUACUUGAAUCGUGGCUUGAGAAUCAAGAGGAGAUCAGAAACGGCAAACGGCAACCUUUUGACGUUGAGGAAUUCAACGUCGCCUAUCAAGAAAGAGAGAGGAGACGUAAGAGACGCAAUGCCAAACGGAAGCGUCUUGGCUGGCCACACAAUCAACCCUUGCCGUCCAAACCUGCAGCUCAAGAACCCCUUCCUCUAACUACUCAGAAUAUCCCUUCUCCUACCACUGAGAAACUCCGUUCUCCUAUCCAGGCACCCCCCUCUCUUAUCCAAGAACUCCCCUCUCUUGCCACCUGUACGAGAAAUGAACCUGUUAUCGAUAAUGAUGCCCCAGACACGCAUAAAACUAAACCAAGCCCGCCAACCUCAAAGGCGAAGCCCAAAGAAAAUGCUCAGCCGAAACCCACUCAAGUUACAGCUACAGCUACAGUUAUGGCUCCAGCUCCAGUUUCGGCUCCGGCCGUGAAAUCUAAGAAGGGUACAAAUGUCACUCCAAAUACUAAGAAAAAGCCGCUCAAACGUACCUCAAUGCCCACGUCACCACCUAAACCCUCAAAGCAAUCAUCGGAGUCGAAGAGGCGGGCCUCAAGUGGCGGGACGGGAGGUGGCACUGUGACUGGAUACCAAGGCACGGCGAGGAAGCCUAGUGCAAACAUAGAUCUAGGAUCGUCAAAGGAUCCUCCUGGCAAAACCAGUAAAGCACCGACUCAAAAAGCUCCUACUUCAACAUCCAAAACCCCUUCAAAGCCUUCGACAAUGCCCCCUAAAAUAACAUCUAGCCUAGCAAACAAGUUCUCAGGUCAAAAACUCACCGCGACUCGUACUCGAGCUCAGCCACCUCCGGCUGCAACACCUUCCAAACAAGCGAGUAACGUUCUUGUUGCGGGUAAAGAACGAAAGAAGAGGGCUAGCUUAAGCGAUGCUACAGAUGAACCAUCCAAAGCUUCUAAGGCCUUCAGUACAUUGCGUGGUAGAAACAAUGCUAGGAAGCGAAGUAUUGAAAAGAGUGAUUUAGCUCAUCCUGACUUAUCUUCAAUACCAGCUAGCUUCCUCUUGACGAGUGAUCGGAAUAAUCGUCCUAGUGCAGAUCAGACGAAAUCAAAUGUCCAGCCUGCGCCCCCAGACCCACCUAUAGUCCAAAGCCCUACAGCGAUUUCGCCAGGUGAUACGAGCGCAACCGUAGCGACUCCCAAGGUAAAAAAGUCUGUUCGCUUUACUAGAGCGGGGGAUAUCGCACCAGAGGAUAAGCCGGUGGGUGACGGUAUGGAUAUAGAUGAUGUGGUUGAUCGUCCCAAUGAUGAGCCCAAUAAUUCGGUUCAACCUCUCAUCAAAUCCCCUCCAUCCACGAAAAAGCUCUCCUUAGCUGCAUACCAAGAGAAGGGGCAAGCUCAAUUAGUUUCGAAAAUGGCCACGUUUGGGAAAGGUGGUGUCUCCGAGCCAAUUCGGGUCCUAUUCGGUGGUAUCACCCGCCAAAGCCAGCCUUGGUUAUCGUCUUUUAUCGCUCAGGAAAAAUUAAACUUCGAUUCGAUUUGCGCUUCAUACGACUUCAUCCCUCACAGAACUAAUCUAGUAGAGCAAGUACUCUCUACUGGCGCGAUCAUGUCCAUGUCAAAAGAGGUCGUAUCAACAACACUAUCCAACAUAGCAGGCCACCUACGACAAGGCUCCUAUGGAUGUCAUCUAGUGACGGAACAGUUCUCAAUUCUAGUAUACCCUUCAGGGUGUAGUGAUUGGGAUGGGCUCGAAAUCAGCCUGGACAAAGACUUCUUAGAGUCUCCCUUGCGACAUAUGAUAUAUAGAUCCCCAGUGGAUGUGAGAUUAUAUCCCUCAACAACCAUUUCUCGCGCCCCGACCAGUCUAAGCGAUAAGAAACCAGGAACGAAACGCCAGAUGCUCAUCAAAGAUCUAAUUGGAUUAGACUUCUCCCAUUUUCUACCCCAAGAGCCCAAGACGAAGGACAAUCAAGUAUUCAUGUUGCUUUUCCCUGAUCGGGAAAUGCAGCUUUGCAAUAUCAUCAAGCUUUGGCUCCGUUCGUGCCAACCAAACUGCCGAAUUUUUUCUCACGAAAUCGAGGAUAGUUGGUCAAAGUUCCAUGAGACCGUGAGAGGAACAGGAGCCGCAGGCACACUCAUCUUACACGAAGAUGUGAGCGUCUCUAUUCGAAAACUACCGCGCAUAUCACAGAUGAUUGAGAACAAGCGAAAUUACACAUUUUGGAACGUCGCCACGGGACAAUAUAAUCCGCCGAGAUUCCCUUCCGAUGAAUACGACGCGAUCGAGCCCGGCAACAUUCGAAUGACAAGGCUGUUUCCCCAAGGCCGGGCGUUUUUGGUCACACCAAGUUUCGUACUUUCAGAUCCCAUUAGACUUUGUCAAUUCCUAGAAUGGUUCAAAGCCUAUUGUUAUAAUCCGCACUACUUGCUUGUGGCUUGUGCCGGUUUCCCCGAGUACUUGAAGACGGUCACAUUAGAGAAGGCAAAGGAGCAUGAGGAAUUGCGCUCUUUGCAUAAAGAUAACCCUAAACUCGAUGAUAUCCUUACAGAAUCUGGCCUUGCUAAGAAGGAUCUUGAAGCAAGGUUUCGAGUGUGGGAGAUCUUGGAAGAGAUCAUUGAAGAGUUCGGAAACGAAGAGACUAGUGAGGAGAUACGGAAGGUGUUCUGGAUCACUGACCUCAUUGACCAAAACGAUGAACAAAGCUUAGUCAAUUGGUUCUGUUGGUGGUCAGCUUUGAAAUGCGACCAAUAUCGCAAAUUCGCCGUGCUCGGCUCGAGCAACAGCAGACACAAGGCGGCUUACAGGAAUAUCGAGAUCCCAGUCUAUACUAAAGAGACAGUUGGCGAUCCCGAUGUCGCUUUAACUCGCGAGAAACAACGACGCCAAGAAAGAGAAGCAGCCAUUGCAGCAGACGACAUGGAUAAAUUUAGUCAAGCUGCUGCUUCCGUCCCGAGUCAUACGAGCGUCGGGUCUACUGCGAUCACGCAGAGCACCGAUCCGGUCUCAAAAUCUCAAAGUAUUAUCUUCAAGAAUGAUCGCCCCGAAGAAUUGCGUUCACACAUCCUCAAGCUCUCUAAUCGCUUUAGCGUCAACAACUGGGCCAGGCUACACGCUAACCCCGUGUCGUGGCUGGAUGUGUCAAUGGCCGAUCAUUUCGGCGAUCCAUUGUGUAGGUAUGAUACCUUCAAAAAUUGGUUGGGCGCAGCCCCAAGGUUCGGAGGAGUUAAUACCUGGUACGGUCUAUUCUAUACCAUCGACAAAGGAUGGAUCCCCCAAGCGCCUCCCCACACAUAUGCAUGCCACCCUUGGAUUGCAGUUGUUCGACCUAUGAACCCACAUAAGGCGAAGGUCAAGUAUGACAAUAUAGAACUAUUUAUCUGGGACAUCGCCGCCCAUGAUAGAGAAAUCGCCGGUGGGCAUGCGGCGCUCCUCCUUGGCAUGCAACGGCAUUUGGUAAAUCUCGUUCGCGAAACCUUGCCGUCGAAGGACAAACAAUACUACCUUGGAGAAGUCUAUAUUAGCAGCAAAGCUGGUAUAGAAACUAAGCCUAACGAACACCCGUUGGACGUAACUUACAGAAGACUCCAAGAGAUGCUGGCUCAUGGUAAGGACUGGCUACCACCCUUCGAGAAUCUGCUACCCGACGCGGGUUGGAAAAGCUUACCGAAGUCCCAAUGGAAGAGCGGUAUGAUAACAGGACUUGUUAAUGUUCCUUCUGUAGAGGAGGAGCAGGCCGUAUCACCGCCACCGAUUCAUCACUGCGAUGAAGAACUACAAAGAUCGAUAUGGCACGCGCCGCGCCCGAAACAAGCGGUCGAAUCAACUAAGUGUGUAAAUCACCUAUACGAAGCAGUUGCGAAGGUUCGAGGCCAGGAUCCAUUGAAGCAGAAGAUGAGAUACCAGUAUAGGUCUACGCUGGAUUGGUAUCACGACAUGAAGGUAGAGGGUCGCGAUGCUGGGCAUGUUAAUGUGGACAGUGCGGAUAAGAUCAUUCCGAAACUGUUCAAUAAGAAGUAAACGUUUAUUUCGCUAAUGGGUGGAUGGGAGGUGUGCUUGCUGGGGAGAAAAGAGGAAAAGAAGGCCCAUAUGAUGAGCGUGCUGUGAUAUGGCUUGGCUUUGAAUGGGAUGUGGUGUAUGCGAUGAACAACUGGGUAGCUGGUAGCUUGCGGAGUGUAUCAUGAAUCAAAAUGGACAUAUAGAUGUCUCGCAAUGAUUCGGAGUUCAUGUAGUCCACCUGUCUCUUGGGAAGUCUAUUUCAGGGAGAUUGGCGCUACGUCGACUACGGGUACAAAGUUGGGUGAGUGCG